CCGAGUGUUUCCCUGCCGCGGCCAUUUCCCUCAGCCGAUAGCACUGGGACGGCCUUGACUUGCUGAGGACUGGGCAGGUACCGAUUCUUCGGCCUUUCGUGUGUAGCGAGCCGGCAAGAAGGCUAGGACUCGCCUUCGCGUUCUGUAGGCUUCGUGACCCUGUGUAGCGGGGGUGCCUCUCCCCGGCCGCUCGCCAGGCCACGGCCUCUGCAGCGCCCUCAUCCCCGCGGUUGCCACGGGCGGCGCCCCGAGUCGCGGUGCCUGUUACCUCGGGGGCGCUGCCGCUGGACUGCCACCAGUCGCCAAGUCUCCGGGGCACGCGGAGCAGAGGUGGGGCUAGCAGCGACCCCGGCGCUUGACCCCAGGGCCCGCGAUGGCGGUGCCGCCGACCGGCCAGGCCCAGAAACUGAGGCUCAGAGAAAUGAAGUGAUGUCUUCAAGGUAACACACCUGGCAGAGUCGGGUUUCAAGAGUUUGGAUGCAAGCCACAGGAGACUGACUUAAGAACUGAGAACUUGUAGUCCCUGUAACCAGGAUGUGAAACCCUCAGCAUGGGGCAGGCAGCUAGCAGGACCACUGAGGCUCAGGUAUCUGUGACCUUUGAUGAUGUGGCCGUGAUAUUUACCCAGGAGGAGUGGGGGCAGCUGGACCCGGCCCAGAGGACCCUGUACCAGGAGGUGAUGCUGGAAAACUGUGGACUCCUGGUGUCUCUGGGGUGUCCUGUUCCUAGACCUGAGCUGCUCUACCAGCUGAAGCACGGGCAGGAGCUAUGGAUGGUGAAGAAGGACCUGUGUCAAAGCACCUAUCCAGGUGACAAGGGAAAACCCAAGACCAUAGAACUUACCACUUGUGAACCAGCCCUGAAUAAGUCCCCUGAGGGGCCCUUAUUCCAGGAACUAAAACAGGGAGACCCAGGGAACUUCCAGCUGAGCCAAACCAACGAUCAGGGUGGCCCAUCAGAAAUGCAGGAAGGACACUUGAGACCAGGGUUAGAACCCCAGAGGGAGAAGCUCCCUGAGAAAACAAGCCCUGAACAUGAUGGUUUAGGGAUAGCUGAUGGUGUAUGUACUGUCCAUAACCAUGACUCAUGUGGAUCAGGUAAAGAUUCCAUGAUUCAGGAAGAGGAAAAUACGUUUAAGUGCAAUGAAUGUGGGAAAACUUUUAAUAAGAAGCACCUUCUUGCCGGACAUGAAAAGAUUCACUCUGGAGUAAAGCCCUAUGAAUGCACUGAGUGUGGGAAAACAUUUAUUAAGAGCACUCACCUCCUCCAGCACCACAUGAUCCACACAGGGGAGAGGCCCUACGAGUGCAUGGAGUGUGGGAAGGCCUUCAACCGCAAGUCCUACCUUACACAACACCAGCGGAUUCACAGUGGAGAGAAGCCUUAUAAGUGUAAUGAAUGUGGAAAGGCCUUCACCCACCGCUCCAAUUUUGUCUUGCAUAAGAGGAGACACAGUGGAGAGAAAUCCUUUGUGUGCAAAGAAUGUGGGCAAGUCUUUCGACAUAGGCCAGGAUUCCUUCGACAUCACAUCAUCCACAGUGCCGAGAAUCCCUAUGAAUGCUUUGAGUGUGGCAAGGUCUUCAAACAUAAGUCAUACCUUGUGUGGCACCAGCAGACUCACACCGGAGAGAAGCCCUAUGAAUGCAGUGAGUGUGGGAAAGCCUUCUGUGAGAGUGCAGCCCUCAUUCACCACUAUGUCAUCCACACUGGGGAGAAGCCCUUUGAGUGCCUAGAGUGUGGGAAAGCCUUCAACCACAGGUCCUACCUCAAGAGGCAUCAGAGAAUUCACACUGGGGAGAAGCCUUUUGUGUGCACUGAAUGUGGAAGGGCCUUCACCCACUGCUCUACUUUCAUCCUGCAUAAAAGGGCCCACACUGGAGAAAAACCCUUUGAGUGCAAAGAGUGUGGGAAAGCCUUUAGCACUAGAAAAGACCUCAUUCGACACUUUAGCAUCCACACUGGGGAGAAGCCCUUUGAGUGCUCAGAGUGUGGAAAGGCCUUCAACCGCCGCUCAGGGCUCACAAGGCACCAGCGGAUUCACAGUGGAGAGAAGCCCUACGAGUGCAUGGAAUGUGGGAAAUCCUUCUGCUGGAGCACAAACCUCAUUCGACAUGCUAUUAUCCACACUGGGGAGAAGCCCUAUAAGUGCAGUGAGUGUGGAAAAGCCUUUAGUCGCAGCUCCUCCCUCACUCAGCAUCAGAGGAUUCAUACUGGGAGAAAGCCUGUCAGUGCAACGGAAGUGGAAAGAGCCUUCACCAGUGGGCAAUCCUCAGUCACCCUACGAGAACUGCUUUUGGGGAAGGACUUCUUGAAUGUAACCACUGAGGAGAACCUUUUGCCAGAGAAAACAUCAACUACAGCAUCUGAUCGGACAUACCAAAGAGAAACCUCCCAAGUAUCUUCACGAACUGUCGGCUCAGCCAAUGAGUGGGACGCUGGAAUAAAAGCCCACGGGCGCCAUCCUCCGGGUAUCCUAGGCGUUGGUGGAUCCAGGGACCCUCAUCCGGGGAGCCUCCUGGGGUGCCUUGUGUGGGAGCACGCAGGCCGCGUGGAGCAGGGUGGCGUCCAAGGAGCCUCGCGCUCAGUGCCACCUCCCCUGCGCCUUUCCACGAAAGCGUCCUGCGCCUUCGCCUUUUCCCCUCGGGAGUCGCCCGGACACCGUGAUGCUGUCGGGCAGCGCUCAGCCCGCAAGCGAAGGCGAGAAGACCCAGGAACAGAGCAAAGGCGGCGCCUCACCAUCGAUGACUUUGAAAUCGGGCGCCCUCUUGGCAAGGGAAAAUUUGGGAACGUGUACCUGGCUCGGCUCAAGGAAAGCCACUUCAUUGUGGCCCUGAAAGUCCUCUUCAAGUCCCAGAUAGAAAAGGAAGGACUGGAGCACCAGCUGCGCAGGGAAAUUGAAAUCCAGGCGCAUCUACAACACCCCAAUAUCCUACGCCUGUACAACUAUUUCCAUGAUGCACGCCGCGUGUACCUGAUUCUGGAAUAUGCUCCAAGGGGUGAGCUCUAUAAGGAGCUGCAAAAGAGCCACACAUUAGAUGAACAGCACACAGCCACGAUAAUGGAGGAAUUGGCAGAUGCUCUGACUUACUGCCACGAGAAAAAGGUGAUUCACCGGGAUAUUAAACCAGAGAACCUACUGCUCGGGUUCAAGGGUGAGGUGAAAAUUGCAGACUUUGGCUGGUCUGUGCACACACCAUCUCUGAGGAGAAAGACAAUGUGUGGGACUCUGGACUACUUGCCCCCAGAAAUGAUUGAGAGGAGAACAUACAAUGAGAAGGUUGAUCUGUGGUGCAUUGGAGUACUUUGCUAUGAGCUGUUGGUAGGAUAUCCACCCUUUGAGAGCCCUUCCCAUAAUGAGACCUACAGACGCAUCCUCAAGAGCAUCCGUCCUCGUGAGGCGCACGGGGAAGUCAGAAGCCAAGCUAGGGCCUGGUUAAAGGACCCGGCAAAUGCCUUGACCCGCCUCCUGAGCCUCGACUUCCCCGGACAGGCAAGGGACUGCCUCGCCCUUUCUCAGUACUCGCGAGUUGUGUUCGCUGUGAAGAGAUGGAACAAAAACUACAUUGCCCAGAAGGCUGUGCGCCGGGCGUCCCUCUUGGUGGGGGCGGGGCUUCCGGGCUUCCGGUGGCGUACGUCAUUUGUGUGCGACGGUUCCGUCCACGCCAGCUGUGGGGAGGGGGAUUGCUGUUCUGUGGCCACUUCCAGGAAGGGUGCGAAAAUCAGCCGAGGCCACUCCUCCCGGGGCAGGGGAGGAGUGGCGGUCGGUCGAGCCCGCUGGACCCGCCUCUGUGGCCGCCCCCCCCACCCCCCCGCCCCGGUCCUGCACGGGGUACGGGGUCCCAUGAUGGCGGCGGCCUGGAUGGACCCUGCGCAGGUAUCUGUGACCUUUGAUGAUGUGGCCGUGAUAUUUACCCAGGAGGAGUGGGGGCAGCUGGACCCGGCCCAGAGGACCCUGUACCAGGAGGUGAUGCUGGAAAACUGUGGACUCCUGGUGUCUCUGGGGUGUCCUGUUCCUAGACCUGAGCUGCUCUACCAGCUGAAGCACGGGCAGGAGCUAUGGAUGGUGAAGAAGGACCUGUGUCAAAGCACCUAUCCAGGUGACAAAGGAAAACCCAAGAUCACAGAAUUUACCACUAAUGAGCCAGCCCUGUCUGAGGGAGUCGCCCUCCAGGAACAACUAACACAAAGAGUCCCAGGGGAUUCCCAGGUGGGCCGAACUAAGGAUCAGGAUGGAUCAUUGGAAAUGCAAGAAGGACACUGGAGAUCAGAGAUAAACCCCCAGGAGAAACUCCCUGGGAAAUCAAACUCUGAACAUGGCAACAUAGGAACAGCUAAUAAUGUGCGUUCAAGGAUUAUACAGGAGCCAGUCCCUCUGGGAAGUGCUGUCCGUGACCAUGACUCAUGUGGAUCAGAUAAAGAUCCCAUGAUUCAAGAAGAAAAUAUCUUUAAAUGCAAUGAAUGUGAGAAAGUUUUUAACAAGAAACGCCUCCUUGCUCGACAUGAGAGGAUUCAUUCUGGAGUGAAGCCCUAUGAGUGCACCGAGUGUGGGAAAACAUUUAGUAAAAGCACUUAUCUCCUUCAACACCACAUGGUCCACACAGGGGAGAAGCCCUAUAAGUGUAUGGAGUGUGGGAAGGCCUUCAACCGUAAGUCACACCUUACACAACACCAGCGGAUUCACAGUGGAGAGAAGCCUUAUAAGUGCAAUGAAUGUGGAAAGGCCUUCACCCAUCGCUCCACUUUUGUCUUGCAUAACAGGAGCCACACUGGAGAAAAACCCUUUGUGUGCAAAGAAUGUGGAAAAGCUUUCCGAGAUAGGCCAGGUUUCAUUCGUCACUACAUAAUCCACAGUGGUGAGAAUCCUUAUGAAUGCUUUGAGUGUGGCAAGGUAUUUAAACACAGAUCAUACCUCAUGUGGCAUCAGCAGACUCACACUGGGGAGAAGCCCUAUGAGUGCAGUGAGUGUGGGAAAGCCUUCUGUGAGAGUGCAGCCCUCAUUCACCACUAUGUCAUCCACACUGGGGAGAAGCCCUUUGAGUGCCUAGAGUGUGGGAAAGCCUUCAACCACAGGUCCUACCUCAAGAGGCAUCAGAGAAUUCACACUGGGGAGAAGCCCUAUGUGUGCAGUGAGUGUGGAAAGGCCUUCACCCACUGCUCUACUUUCAUCCUGCAUAAAAGGGCCCACACUGGAGAAAAACCUUUUGAGUGCAAAGAGUGUGGGAAAGCCUUUAGCAAUCGUGCAGACCUCAUUCGACACUUUAGCAUCCACACUGGAGAGAAGCCCUAUGAGUGCAUGGAGUGUGGAAAGGCCUUCAACCGCCGCUCAGGGCUCACAAGGCACCAGCGGAUUCACAGUGGAGAGAAGCCCUACGAAUGCAUGGAGUGUGGAAAAACCUUCUGCUGGAGCACAAACCUCAUCCGACACUCUAUUAUCCACACUGGAGAGAAGCCCUAUGAGUGCAGUGCAUGUGGAAAAGCCUUUAGUCGCAGCUCCUCCCUCACUCAGCAUCAGAGGAUUCAUACUGGGAGAAAGCCUGUCAGUGCAACGGAAGUGGGAAGACCCUUCACGAGUGGGCAGUCGUCAGUCAACCUCCAAGACCUUCUGUUGGGGAAAGAUUUCUUGAAUGUAACCACUGAGGAAACCUCUUACUCAGAAUCUGAUCAUUCAUACCAAAAAGAAACUCCUCAGUUUCCUUCCCUAUGAGAAACCCUUCUGUUGCAAGAUAUCAUUUGUCAUCUAAGGAGUCAUACUGAAAAUUUACCCAGUCUAGAGCCUUAUUCUACAUCUGAGAACUCAUCCAGAGAGAGACUCAGUGAUUAUAUAUGCACAUAGGAAAACCUUCAGCUACAUAUUUUUCCUUAAUUUACACUGCAGUAUUAUCUCAGGAAUUUUUUUUUUUUUUUUUUUUUUUUUUUUAAAUAAAGAAAGGAGACUUAGAAUGAACGGCAAACAAACACUUUUUUUUUCCCCCAGAUUUCCUUGCCAAGCCUUUGGCACUUUGUCAUGGAGUCUCUAGUUUACUUGGCAGGAGGAGGGUUUUGUUUUAGCAGUAAAGGACCUAGACUUUUAUGUGUUGUGUAUAUGCAUUCAUUGUUGUCCAGUGUCAAGAGAGUUAGACAAUUGAGGGCAGAUUUGGAAACUUUUAUGAACAUCUUCUUUGUUCUAAAACAUUGUCUCUGUUUAAGGAGCUUAAUUUUUGUUGAGAACUAUAAAGGCUGGACCCAUCAAACACCUUUAUAUUUGAGGACAUAAAAAUACACAUACGAAUGCGAGCCCAUUUUAUUGCACCAUUUAAGACUCUUUAAGGCUCUUUUUUUUUUUAAUCUUCAUGUGGUUUUAAAGAGAUGAUACUUAGACUUUUUCUUGUCCUUUACGAUUGGUUUCCUUGAUUGUUGUAAUUAAGUGUAAAUCCUCCAGCUUUAUAAAAUGAUUUCUCUCUCUUUAUUUUUUUUUAAUUUAAACCUAAUUUAGCACUCUGUAUUACUUUGAACUUCACAUAAAGUUUUGGAGAAGCCUAUUUUUAUGAAGAAAAUCUAUGGAAUUUCUAUAGAAAUUGGGUUAAAUUGUCAGAUCAGUUGAGAAUUGGCAUCUUUACAGUGUUAACUCUUCAAUUUAUGAACACAGGAUGUCUCUAUUGCUUGAUUUACUUCAUCACUGUUUUAUAGAUUUCAAUAAUAGGUCUUGUAUGAAUUUUAUAAGAUUUGCAUCUAAAUGUUUUUUCUUUUAUUAUAAAUGGCAUUGACUUUUGAACUUUCAAUUUCCACAUAAGUUUUGGUAGUAUACAGAAAUGUAAUUAAAUUUUGGAUGUCAUUAUGGUAUCUUGCAACCUUGCUGAACUGUAGGCAUUUAUUUGUUUUGGUAGAAUGCUUGGGGUUAUAAAACUUAAAAAUAUCAUCUGCAAAUA